AUGAUACAAAUACAAAAUUUCAAGCACAGCGACAGGAAGCAAGUCGUAGUGCAAAGUUUGCAAUACAUGUUGCUGGACCUCCUUCAUGACGAGGAAAACACGUUAAAACAUUUGAUUUUCUUCUUUCUCUUCGAUCGUUUUUAUUUCAGUACACUUUUCAUCUUUUUAACAGCUACGCAUAUUUUAAUCGUUUUACUUCCGCAUGUUUUACUUCCGCUCACGUUAAUCAAGUUCCACUCACUUCCCUCCGGGAUUUUGCAAGACAACCUUUUUUUGACUUUCCACAUUCAAUAUCAAUUUCAACUAGUUACAUACUUUCACAUGUUCUUUUCAUCUCACAACGGCUCCACACAAUGUAUUGCCCGCUCUGAACAACUAUUUUUGCAGCUACCCACCUGCCCGAAGAUAUCUGUAGAACUUGCUCGACCCGCUGUCAGUUUGGACUCACACGUCAUUGGGAAAAAUAAAAGCUCAUUAGAACAAAUAAAGUUAAUUGCAAGAAUCAUGUGA